GUAGACAGGCCACUGUAAUUCAUGAAGCCAGACCUUGAGGGGGGUUUGCACACACCAGCCCUUAACUCUUGUUACUCUAAACGUGAAGCAACUAACCUGGACAGCUCUUUCAGACCGGGACCGGGUCGCACGCUAUCACAUACAGCAGCUGAUUUAAAAAAAAAGUUAAUCAUACGCCACUGUGGAUAGUUUGAAGACUUUUUUUCUUAUUUAUUUAAAGUCGUGUUAAACCCGCUGAAUUUUCAACAUUUUAGCGUCUGCGGCCGUAACGACAUGUGGUGGAUGCUGUUUCCCCGAUGGAUUUGGUUUCUUCUUGGACAGUGUUACACUAUAUUCCUUUGCAUGGACAGCUGUCGUGUGAGAGCUUUGCCUAUAAUGUCCGUUGCGAAGGUGGUGUACUCACACGCAGGUAUGUGCCCGAAUGAUCUGAACCCCAACCUGUGGGUGGAUGCUAUGAGCACCUGCUUGCGCGAAUGCGAAUCCGACCAGGACUGUGAGGCAUUUGAAAAGUGCUGCCCUAAUGUGUGUGGUAACAAGAGCUGUGUGGCGGCACGCUACAUAAACAUCAAGGGCAACAAGGGUCCGAUUGGAAUGCCAAUGGGUGCUACCUGUGACAAGUUCAUGUGCUCUCAGCAAGGCUCCGAGUGUGACAUCUGGGAUGGUCAGCCUGUUUGUAAGUGCCGAGACCGCUGUGAGAGAGAACCCCACUUCACGUGCGCAUCUGAUGGCAUGACUUAUUAUAACAAGUGUUACAUGGAUGCAGAGGCUUGUUCCAAGGGUAUCUCAAUCUCUGAGGUCACCUGCAGGUAUCACCUGACCUGGCCCAACACCAGCCCAAUCCCUGUGGAGACCACCUUACAUCCCACUACUGCCCUCCAAACCACCCUCCCAACUGAGAUUCAGCUCCCUGCCAUACACAAUGGACCCACCAAACAGACCCUUUUUGUGGGUGAAACCGCAAGCUUCCUAUGUGAGGUGUCUGGAAAGCCACAACCGGAAAUCACCUGGGAGAAGCAACUGAAAGGCAAAGAGAAUAUCAUCAUGAGACCCAAUCAUGUGCAAGGGAAUGUCGUGGUCACUAACAUCGGCCAGCUGGUCAUAUACAAUGCCCAACUUCAAGAUGCUGGAAUCUACACCUGCACCGCUAGAAAUGUUGGAGGAAGUGUGUCAUCACAUUUUCCCUUGGUGGUGAUUAAGAGAGAGCAGAAAGGUAAAAAUUCAGAGGGAAAUAAUACCAACCUGCCUUUUCCAGCUGCAGAGUGCCUUAAGAGUCCAGACGCUGAUGACUGUGGAGAAGAGAGCAUAAGCUGGUACUAUGAACCAAAGAGGAACAAUUGUUUUACCUUUACCUACAGUCAGUGCAAUAAAAACCAAAACCAUUUUGACACCUAUGAAGCCUGCAUGUUGUCGUGUGGAGGCGAACUGGCAGCUCCCUGCAGCUUACCAAGCCUACAAGGGCCCUGCAAGGCCUACGAGCCCCGCUGGGCAUACAGCAGCACUAUGAAAAAGUGCCAGUCCUUUGUGUAUGGAGGCUGCGGUGGCAAUGAGAACAACUUUGAGUCUAAAGAGGCCUGUGAAGAGAUGUGUCCCUUUCCAAAGAACCACAACUGCAAGAUAUGUAAACCUCGAAGCAAGAUGGUUACCAGCUUCUGCAAGAGUGAUUUCGUGAUCCUCGGUCGUGUGACUGAGCUGACAGAGGAGCAAGAGUCAGGCCAUGCUUUGGUAACCGUGGAGGAGAUCUUGAAGGAUGAGAAGAUGGGUCUCAGGUUCUUUGGCAAGGAACCAUUGGAGGUGACUCUUCUGAACAUGGACUGGAAUUGCCCCUGCCCCAAUAUUACUUUAGCUGAUGGGCAGCUCAUCAUCAUGGGGGACGUUCAUAACGGGAUGGCCGUCCUGCAGCCUGACAGCUUCGUGGGCUCCUCCAGCACUCGUAGAAUCAGGAAGCUCCGUGAGGUUAUCCACAAGAAAACCUGCGAUUUCCUCAAAGAUUUCUCAACAGCCCAGUAGACUCUUAUGCUUGUGCAUCAUUUUAAGAUUACUCCAAGCUCCAGUGACCUCACCAAACUGACUGCCAGGAAACAAAAAUCCAACUUAUCUGUGUUGUUGUUUAGUUUUGUUGCCUGUUUUUUGU